UUCGAGAUUUGGUGCUUCAGUGGAAGCAGCAUUAGGGACAUCUGGUGGAAGAGUGCAUCGUGAAACCAACUUCUAGAACGGACUGAAAUACGGGUCGCCAUUACUAACGCACAAAAAAACUUGCCAAUGCUUUCCUAGCGAGCCCACAUUGUUCAAUAUCGUGGUGGUUAUUACACACACAAGUUAGCGCCAAAGCAACCCGUCAAACCAACGACAGCCGUCAAUCCGUUUCGAGUCGUCAAUGAGCGCUGUGACGUGACGCGCUUCUAACGUAGGCGGUCACGUGAUAUUUCCAGAACGACAUAAGCGCCACACGCUUCGGGUUCAUUUCACCAUCAUAACGCAGCUGAGACAUGGCGAGGUUAAGUGAACACGGAAUCCGGCUGAGCUCUAUGAGCCCUUCCUUCUUGAACAGCAACUCCACAAGUCACACUUGGCCGUUCAGCGCCGUGGCGGAGUUAAUAGACAAUGCGUCAGAUCCCGGAGUGUCCGCUAAGCAAGUCUGGGUGGACGUCUCCAACGAAGGCAGCCAGUUGUGUUUAACGUUUACCGAUAACGGCAAUGGCAUGACGCACCACAAACUGCACAAGAUGCUCAGUUUUGGAUUUACCGACAAGGGCUCAGGUAAGAAUCAGGCCAUCGGCAUCUACGGCAACGGUUUCAAGUCAGGCUCCAUGCGCCUUGGAAGCGAUGCCCUCAUCUUCACCAAAAACGGAGGUUGCCAAACGGUGGGCAUGCUGUCUCAGACCUACCUGCACAACAUCAGGUCCCAGGCCGUCAUCGUCCCCAUCGUCACCUUCAGCCAACAUACUAAGUCGCUGGUGUUGACCGAGGACUCGGAGGCCAGCCUGGCGGCCAUCACGCAGCACUCCAUCGUCAGCUCCCUGGAGCAGAUCCAUGCGCAUUUCGACUCUAUUCACUCCAAAAAAGGCACCAAGAUUUUGAUCUGGAAUAUUCGCAGGGCCAGAGAUGGCAAGACCGAGCUCGACUUUGACACGGACGACAGCGACAUCCGUUUGCCAGAAAUCCGCUUUGACGAGCUGAGGAGGAGCCUGAAGAACAGCGGAUCCCUGAAAGCCGAGCAGAGCAUCCCGGAGAUGUAUUACAGUCUGAGGGCAUACCUGAGCAUAUUGUACCUGAAGCCCAGGAUACAACUCAUACUACGUGGGAAGAAGAUCCUCACCAAGCUGGUUGCAAAAAGCCUCAAAAACAUCGAACACGACGUGUAUAAACCUCACUUCAGUAAUGAUAGAGUGCAGGUGACCUUUGGGCUGAGCCCUAAAAACAAAGACCACUAUGGUAUCAUGAUGUACUACAAGAACCGUCUCAUCAAGGCCUAUGAGAAAGUGGGCUGCCAGCUAAAGACUUUGGGCCAACGGGCUGGAGUCGGGGUCGUCGGGGUCAUUGAAUGCAACUUCCUCAAACCGGCUCACAGCAAGCAGGACUUUGAGUACACGAAAGAAUACCGGCUGACUCAUGGUGCCUUAGGUCUGAAGCUCAACCAGUACUGGAAGGAGAUGGCUGAGAAGAAAGCCAGGGAGCGAGAGUUUCGAUCUCUUGGCGCUGAAGACGACGAGACGCAAGACGCACAGGAAAGUCCCAUGUGGGUCCAAUGUGAAGACUGUCUGAAGUGGAGGAGUGUUCCUGACGGGUACACUGUUGCGCCUGAGAGUUGGAAAUGCAGCCAGAACCCGAACCCACGCUACAGCGGCCAGGACAGGGUGCCAAAGCGGGACGGGUCCCAGGAAAAAUGAAAGUACAUGAUACCGACGUCACAUGGAAGGAUGCGUGCAUCACAAAAGAGUACGAUAAACAAUUGCAGGAUGCCCGAUAACGCCACGUGCAUUUCUAAUCAUCAUUGAUUGAUGUAGGGGCAGCAGUAUGUAACAAUACAAAGAGUAAGAUGGACCACCGCUGUGUUAUUGGGUUUGAUGAAUACACCUUUCAGCCGCCGCCACCGCGACAAACACAGGUUACGCUGUUCAUGUAAAGUAAACCACUGAUGAACACUUGAACACGUGACAGCAGGAAGCAAAAAGCCAUCUGCCAAUUUCACAACUGAUGACAGCACUUUUAAGUUAUAAAUUAGGUGACAUUCGUAAUAAGUAACCCAGAAAAUGUCCAUUUUCUAUGAAUUGCAUUCAUUUUGGACAAAAUGUGUGCAGUACGGGGCAGCGAGUUAGCCAAGCGGUUAGCAUGUUGGCUGCACAUUGGCUAGAAUCCUCUUCCACUCCUCCAUGAUGACAUCACUGAGGGAUAUGGAUGUUCCACAUUCCGCUGAACAAUGCCCCAGGGGUGCUUAACUGGGUGUCAGGUGUGGAGGAGGCAUACUCGGCCGCUCCCGUCAUCCUCGUCACCUUCAGCUUUCUCAGGAAGGAGGAACAUGUUGGGGAACUGCCCUCCAGAGAACAUCAUGCUCCGCUUCACAAUGUCACAGUGACGCUGAAAUUGAAAUUCCUGGUCCUUUGAAUGAACCGCAUUUCCCCAGUGCCGGCAGCACUCGUGCAGCCCCAGACCGCGACACUACCACCACCAAGACACAAUUAUCUUGGUACUCACCUGUGUUGCCCGCUGUUUGGACAACGCUUGGCUGCUCACUGGCUCAUCUUCAGUGGGUG